UACAGGAGUUGUCGUUCGCAAAUAAUUUCUCUGAUUUGCGAUCGGAGAAGAGAAGGGCGUUGCGUCUCCGCUGUAGUAGUACAAUCCCGAUCCUCUCCGAUUCGACUCUCACAGGCUCUGAUAAAAUGAACGACGCAGAUGUCUCCAAGCAAAUCCAGCAGAUGGUGAGGUUUAUCCGCCAGGAAGCUGAGGAGAAAGCCAACGAGAUCGCCGUGUCUGCUGAAGAAGAAUUCAACAUCGAGAAGUUACAGUUGGUUGAAGCUGAGAAAAAGAAGAUCAGACAAGAAUACGAGCGCAAACAGAAGCAAGUUGAAAUUCGGAAAAAGAUUGAGUACUCUAUGCAGCUAAAUGCUUCUCGCAUAAAGGUUCUUCAAGCGCAAGAUGAUGUGGUUAAUUCCAUGAAGGAAGCUGCAGCGAAGGACCUCUUGAAUGUGAGUCAUCACCCCAAUCCCCAUGUGUACAGACAGCUUCUGAAAGAUCUCAUUGUUCAGAGUUUGCUGAGACUGAAAGAGCCUUCUGUCCUCUUGCGAUGUCGGAAAGAAGACCUAAAAUUGGUGGAGCAUGUGCUGGAUUCAGCUGCACAGGAGUAUGCUGAUAAAGCAAAUGUUCACCCACCAGAGAUAAUUGUUGACAAGCAAGUCUAUCUUCCUCCUGCGCCUGGUCAUCAUAAUACUCAUGAACCCUACUGUUCUGGAGGUGUAGUAUUGGCUUCUCGAGACGGGAAGAUUGUGUUUGAAAAUAGCCUUGAUGCUCGCCUGGAUGUGGUGUUCCGUAAAAAGCUUCCAGAGAUCCGCAAGCAGCUCUUUGGACAAGUUGUCGCUUGAAGUCUUUGGUUGUACUGUAGCUGCCCCUUUAUUAUUUAUUUUGAACCAAAAGCAUCUGUCGUGCCAGUGCCCAUGUAUUCUUAUAAGCAUCAUCGACUUCGGUUGUUUUAGAUUUGUUCAUUUUGGUAUGUGGUGGCUAGACACGAAUUUCUUGGAUUUUCGGUAAUAAAUCAUCGCUUAAGCAUAAGUUUCCUUGGUGAUUAUGUUGUAAAAUGUGUUGAACUUAGCUUUAGUGAGAGCAAUAAUUAUUCUUUUAUUAUGUAAGUCUGGUAAUUUGAGUUGAAAACAUA